CCCCAUCUUCAAAUCAGUCAUGAGCGCGGAUGCACAAGGAUCAGGAACUGAAGACGUCCACAAAUACGUACCAAUGUAUAUGGCGCAUAAUGCCAAGACGAUGCAAUUUGCACGAGCAGGACUGGCUGCCAUAAGUGGAUCUGCAGCUGGAAUUCUUGGACUCAAAAAUCUAUAUGGAUUCGCCUUUUACGCCGUGAACUGGGUGCUCAUUUCUUUUCUUCUACUCGCCAUCAAGACUCAAUUCAAACCUCAUUUGUUCUUCAAGGGAGGUGCAAAAGAUAUAUUUACUGACGGUUUCAUAGGAGGACUUUUGUCUUAUAUCCUUUUCCAUACUUUUCUAUACGGCUUAGUCCAUUUGUACCAAUAAACAUCACCAUUCGGAUAUACAUUGUAAACCAUACAGACACUUUCGUCAAUUGACAGAUCAUAUACGUGAAUAUUUUUCCAAUGAGCAGUUAUUAAAAGGCAGAAAUUUAACAGAAA